GUUUCACUCCCGAUGAUUCACUUCCUGAUACACCUGUUUGUCAGGUAGGCUACGUGAGCUCGUAGUGUGCAGCCGCAACGGAGACACUGAGUCAUGACAAGAUAGAUAAUGGACGGAACUUGGACUUUUUUUUCAUCGUCAUGCAAGUAAACCCGUUUUCACAUAUUAAAAUGCGUCGACCUCGCCAAGGGAAUACCGCUCUGAACGUUAUUUUGUUGCUGUAUUUGGGCGUUUUUUACGCCCCUUCUCUAGUCUCCUCCAUCUCAGUGAGUACACCAGCAGAGCUCUAUGCAUCUAAAGGGGAUACCGUCGCGUUGUCCUGCACUUUCACCUCCACCAGUAGGCCCACCAGUAAGAUGACUGUGGACUGGUCUUAUAGGCCCCAGAGUGGAGGGCCGCCACUGACAUUUUUCCACUUCUCCUCACGGGCGUUUCUUCCGCCUGAUGGUCAGUUUGCCGGUCGCAUCCGGUGGGAGGGAACCCCAGCGCGUGGGGAAGCCUCCAUCUCUCUGACCAACGCUACGUUAAAUGAUAAUGGGACCUACACGUGCUCCGUUAGAAACCCUCCUGAUGUCCACGGGUCUCCUACUUCAUACACUGUACUCACUGUAACACCAAAAGUGGCCAGCAUUCGCUUCUCUGAUGUUGCGGUCCUCCUCGCUUUUGUCCUCCUCCCCUCCACCAUCGUCACCCUCAUUCUGAUUGCUCGGAUUCUAUGUCCCAAGAAAAAGCGCAACCAAUCGAAGGCCAACAGAUCGCCCAUAGAGGUCACAGAGGGAGAGGAGUAUGGCGUCCACCCGCCACCCAAAGAAAAGAAGGCCUCAUGCUGUGACCUAUAUAUGAUGGACUCUGAGGAUGAAGAAGGCUAUUACGAGCUAAAAAAGAGGCCUCCUACGGAUGAAGGCUAUGCUGAGUCUCAGUGCUAGAGAACCCUGCAGGCUGCGAGAUGUUACUGUAACAUCUAAACCUUCUGGUGCCUUGCAUAUGGGAAACACUGAAGAGAAAUAAAUGCUGGAUUUCCUUUGCCACAGUUAGUCGUUUGGUGACUUUUUGUGGUGACACCUUUGGAAUAAUACUUGUAUUUUUGUCUUAAUGAUGCAUCUCCAGCAUCACAUUAAGACUAGACAUGAUGCCAUUAAUUUCAUUGACCUGUUGCCUACAAGUUUCUACAUUUUCAAGGCCAUGCAAGAGGUCUUACUUUCUAAUUUUAGGGCUUGUAGUCUUGAUGACACAUUAUUUGUUUCUUAUGGUAUUCGCUAUACCAACCGACCCUGUCUAUGCAAACACAAACACACAGGGGAGCACUAUAUGUAUUUGUAUAUCUUAAUAUGAGUCACUUUCUUAUUGUGAAGGAGCUAGAUGCAUUUAUUUUGUAAUGUAUUGUCUGUCAGAGCAGCUGUAUGACGUCUGUCAAUGUCUUUGUUGAGCUAUAGUGGAACAUUUCUGUUAUAUCUUAAAUAUUUGGAUAGAAAAUAAAUGGUUUGAUUUGUGUAAACUGCGACCACCUAAUCAUAUUUAUGCAGUAUAUUGUAUAUACAGUAUAUUUCCUAUAUUAUCAGUGUCUGUACAUUACUGUCCAACAUUCUUAUUUCAACACCAGCAGUUAAUGUUUGUCACUGUACUGCUCAGUUUAUUUUACGGGACGUCUGAGUUUGGAUGUGGUCAUUAUGAUGUAACUGUCUUUGUUUUAGAUGCACCGCUUUGCUUUGUCAAUUAAUUUUUUUGCAACAAUAUUCGCCUAAAUAAAUAUUUUAGGAACUGGCUUUGUGAGGGGAUGAACAUGGCUUAAAUAAGAAAAUGUAGGUUUUCUUCUAGCAAAUUCAUAAUAAUCUGUUUAUUAGAGUAUAUCUAUCGCCGUUUGCUAACAUACUUUGUUAGUAAAGCUUAGAGCAUAAGGCCAUCGUGUUUUCCUCUUCUCUCUUUGUUUUGUCUGUUGCAGUAUUCAUGAAUGUUUCUUGAAUAUUCCUUCAAAAACUCUAAGGACAGGAUUGAGUGUCAGACCUUCACUCACAAAUAGUGGCAGCAUCUGUUUCAUCCACAAAGUCGUGGGACUCGAGGGUUAUAAAAAUACCUAAUAAAAACAAGCCAAUGAAAAAUACAGAAAACGA